UGUCGUGUGGUCUGUCAAACUCCACGCUUUUACUAACUUUUCGUCGGUUGUCAUGUUUCAGAUCAAAGCUUUUGGUAUUAAGAGGUGUAAGUCAAGAUGCUACAAGUUCCCCAUUCAGACCACCUCAGUUACCCCAUAAUGUUGAUCCUUUUCCUAUUUUUAUGGAGAAAGAAGUACAGUCUAUCCUUAACACCAUCACUGGAAUUAAUCUGAAGAGAACGGCAGAAUUACAACCUGCCUUAGAACCAAAUAAACCUGUGUUCAAAGUCGUCCCAGACAAAGAGCUCAGAAGAUUACAAGCAGAGGCUUUCAAAAAAGAAAGAAUUAAAAUCGAACAGAGGCCGCCAUUUAUGAAUCCUCGGAAAGAAAUCGAUGUUGAGCUGGCCAGGAAUCCAGAGAUUGCUCCUGUGAUGACUCAUAAUUUACUGUUUAUAGAUACCUCAGCCUACACACGAUCAGAAAAAUUAAAUAAGGACAAGUUAAUAGUAGUGAGGGACACUGAAGGGACUCUCAGGGAGGCCAGGCAUGGGGAGAGAGAGAGGGCCAUUCAGAUUGCUUUUCCAGCUGAGGGCAGGACAAUGUUUCCAUCAAAUUUCUUCAAACCAGAAAGCAUAGAGAAUGCUUUAAAGAACUGCCGCUACAGCUACAUACUGGACAGACUUUGUUUACAGUAUGAGCCGGAUGAUCCGGAGUUCAUACGAAUGACAAGACAGAUUUACAACCACAUCUUGGAGAAUGAGGAGUUUGAUUCUCUCCGUGGAACCCGGCACUUUGGAUCCCUGGCAUUCUAUCUGGCUCUGUGUAGAAGAGAAGAACCUCUGAUGCUGGACAUGCUACAAAGAUACCUUGUCCUGGAUGCGUGUGAUUACCUAAGUCUGCUAGAUAAGCUACACAUGCCUCGGCAAUACAAACGUCCUGAUUAUAAACUGGAUAACGUUAAGAAAAUUUUGGAGAAAUAUGUCAGUAAAAGAUCAAGAAAAACGACAGAGGUAAAUAAGCUUAAAGAGGCCAUGAACAACGUAAGGAGCAGGGGCCUGGCAAAGGUGAUAGAGGACAACCAAUCAGAACGGGCCCUUCUGGAGAACUAUCUUAACGAGUGACCAGGUUCUGACAAGUGUAGUGCAUUGUUUGUUCUAAUAUUAAAUGAUUAAUACACUCUCA